UUUGGCAGAUAAGUCGGCCGCAGCUUGCAAAUAUUCGCUUCACUCAAACCUACAGAAACAAAAAACAAGCCAAAUAAAUCAAGCUGUGCACAGAACAGAAUAGUUUAGCAUCCGUGGCGCCAACGUCUACAUAGCUUUAUAACCACAUUGUGACGCUAACAUUUCAUUUUAGCCCAUCAUAACAAAAAGCCUUCAAACUGCUUGUCACACAGCGCUGACCGGGACAUUUUGAUGUGAACAAUCUAUCGUUUAAUUUCACUCAGCAAGUAGCUCACAAGUCCGGCUAACAGGUCUAAUGCUAAUGUUAGCAUUGUCGGCUACAAGCGCUCACUGCAACAGAAAUCACGGAAGUCUUCUAAAUAUGCACUAAAGUCACUUGAAAUUGUUAAAACUUUGCGUACUCACGCAGGAAUCGGAACCAGCCCCCUCGUUUUCAAACCGCCGAGCAAUUCUUAAAUUCGACGCUGGAGCUGCGCGUCCGCCAUUACAGGAAGAAGAAAGCUUCAACUUCCGCUGUGUCACAGUUCACCGCAGACACAGCAAAGAUGGCGCUGAGUGACAAAUCAGUUUGGGAUGAAGUGGAAGAUGGAAUCGGAGAAGAAGUCUUAAAAAUGUCCACAGAGGAGAUAGCUCAGCGAACUCGCCUCCUGGAUAGCGAGAUCAAGAUCAUGAAGAGCGAAGUGCUGAGGGUGACCCACGAAUUGCAAGCUAUGAAGGAUAAAAUCAAGGAAAACACGGAGAAGAUAAAGGUGAACAAGACGCUGCCGUAUCUGGUCUCCAACGUGAUCGAGCUUCUGGACGUGGACCCCAACGACCAGGAGGAGGACGGGGCCAACGUGGACCUGGACUCGCAGAGAAAAGGAAAGUGCGCCGUCAUUAAGACUUCCACCCGGCAGACAUACUUCCUGCCGGUGAUCGGGCUGGUGGAUGCCGAGAAGCUGAAGCCCGGGGAUCUGGUGGGGGUCAACAAAGACUCCUACCUGAUCCUGGAAACCCUGCCGACUGAGUACGACUCCAGAGUCAAGGCCAUGGAGGUGGAUGAGCGUCCCACCGAACAGUACAGCGACAUUGGUGGACUGGACAAGCAGAUCCAGGAGCUGGUCGAAGCUAUUGUUCUGCCAAUGAACCACAAGGAGAAGUUUGAAAACCUGGGCAUCCAGCCACCGAAAGGUGUCCUGAUGUACGGACCCCCUGGCACAGGAAAGACCCUUCUCGCCAGGGCUUGCGCCGCUCAAACCAAAGCUACCUUCUUGAAGCUGGCCGGCCCACAACUUGUCCAGAUGUUUAUCGGUGAUGGAGCCAAGCUGGUGAGAGAUGCCUUUGCUCUGGCCAAAGAGAAAGCUCCGUCCAUCAUCUUUAUUGACGAGCUGGAUGCCAUCGGGACCAAGAGGUUUGACAGCGAGAAGGCUGGCGACAGAGAAGUGCAGAGGACCAUGUUGGAGCUCCUGAACCAGCUGGAUGGAUUUCAGCCCAACAUGCAGGUCAAGGUCAUUGCUGCCACCAACAGAGUGGACAUCUUGGACCCCGCUCUGCUCCGUUCCGGUCGUCUGGACAGGAAGAUCGAGUUCCCCAUGCCGAACGAAGAGGCUCGAGCUCGCAUCAUGCAGAUUCAUUCUCGCAAGAUGAAUGUCAGUCCGGAUGUCAACUACGAGGAGCUGGCGCGCUGCACGGAUGAUUUCAACGGAGCCCAGUGCAAAGCAGUGUGUGUGGAGGCGGGCAUGAUCGCUCUGCGCCGGGGAGCCACCGAGCUGAACCACGAGGAUUACAUGGAGGGAAUCCUGGAGGUCCAAGCCAAGAAGAAGGCCAACCUGCAGUACUACGCCUGAGGACACUGCCUGUGUCUCUAUCUACUUGUGUGUGUGAAACAGUCUUUGACUAAUAAAAUAGCUGAUUAAACACUUCUUACUCUUGGGUUAAUAAAAAGAAAUAAAACAUCCAUUG